CGCCACCGUAGUAAGAACUAAUCGGCAGAUUUGUUAUUUUGGGCUACCACUCUCAAGUCUACUUUCUUUCAACGUUGCUUAGUUACAUCUCAUUUUUUUUUUGUUUCAGAUCCCUCAUCUCUGACCCUUGUCCUUAUUUCGUUAUCCACAUAUCAAAGGUUUGGUACAGGACUAGAAAUGGGGGGAGAUAGUGAUGCUACUGUCAACAAGUUGUUUGGGAGUUUUGGUAGCUUCAUGAGAAGAAUUUUGUUUAAUAUUCUUGCUAUGGGUCCCAUCCCUAACCACAUUGCCUUCAUCAUGGAUGGAAACCGGAGGUAUGCUAAGAAGCAAAAUUUGAAAGAAGGGGCUGGCCAUAAGGCUGGGUAUUCGGCUCUGAUGUCCAUGCUGAAGUACUGCUAUGAAUUGGAGGUGAAGUACAUAACGAUCUACGCAUUCAGCAUCGAUAAUUUUAAAAGACGGCCUGAAGAAGUUCAAGAUGUGAUGGAUCUAAUGCAGGAGAAGAUCGAAGGAUUGGUCAAGGAAGAGAGUAUCGUGAAUCAAUAUGGAGUUAGGGUUUAUUUUAUAGGGAACUUGAAACUUAUGAAUGAGCCUGUCAGGGUUGCAGCUGAGAAGGCAAUGCGUGCCACAGCCAACAAUACCAGAGCUGUGCUAUUAAUUUGUGUGGCCUAUACUUCUUCUGAUGAGAUAGUACAUGCAGUUCAACAAUCUUGCCAGGAUCAAGAAGCAAUUCAAGCAUCUAAUGGUGUGAUAAACGAAGAAAAGCAGGAGAAGCAUCAUGCAAUAAAACUGGUAGAUCUUGGGAAGCACAUGUACAUGUCAGUUGCACCUGAUCCAGAUAUUCUAAUCCGAACCUCAGGCGAGACUCGCCUGAGCAAUUUCCUUCUUUGGCAGACUACCAACUGCCUCUUGUGUUGUCCAAGUGUGCUGUGGCCAGAGAUCAGUUUGUGGCAUUUGGUGCAGGCAGUGUUGAAUUUCCAGCGGCACCACUCUUAUUUGGAGAAGAAAAAGAAGCAGCUAUAACAUUCUUGCUGUUACAACAGCUUCACACCUGCAGAGAUUACUCCGACGUGACGGAUUAUUUUUUAAGUGGCACUUCUAUGGUAUGCAGAACCUGCUCAGAUUCUAUUUUCGGUGUUUUCUCGAGUGGGACAUGAAGAUUUUAUAAGAUACUUAACAGACUCAGGAAAUGCAUGGAAAGUUUUUCGUUUGCUGCAGUUAUUGAGACUCUCUCUCAAAAUCAUAAAACCCUAAAGAAGCCAAUGAAGAAGGGGUCUUUACUAACCAAACCCAGCUCUAUUAUUACACUUUCUUUGUCCUAGUCUUAUUAGGACUGAUCUCUAUGAUUUCUAUAGCCUUUUACUUUUCAUGUAUCUUUUAGUUGUAACUUAUUUUUUUUCUUGUUGAACUUCUAAGAAUACCAACAUGUAUCUCACUGUAUCUCCAUAAAAGAAAGUACUAUAAGUUAUUUUCUUUU